AUUUCAAUUCAUAUUGGUCUUAUAUUAUUAUCUGGGAUUUGUUGUUUCAUUUUUUUAUUUAUCUCAGAAUAACCAAAAUAAUCAUCAUGGAAUGCACGUACUUUAUUACGUCAUUUCAUUAAUUACUCACUACGUCUUGUCUCGUUGUCGUGACAGUACCAGACAUUUCUUUAAUUCGUGGCUUUGCAAAUAAGUUGCACACAAAUUUUCAACUCGAAAAAAAUUAAUUCAAUCUAGUCAGUAUAUCAGUAGUUAUUAGUUAUUAAAUAAAAAAAUCUAAACAAACAUGUCUGGUGGAAGUUCAACUGCACAAAUUAGUGCACAAAAUUUACAAUUGCCACCUUUAAGAUCUCUCGAUGAUUUUGUAUUGGGAUCUGCUCGAUUCCAACUACCAAAUCUCCAAGAUAUGGAUAAGUGGGGCAAUCGUGUGUACAAAAAUCUCCUCUAUUACCAAACCAAUUACUUUCUAUUAUUCAUUGCUAUUUACACUUUGAUGGCUGUAUUAAAUCCAGUAAAAAUUAUUUGUGGCCUCGUUGUUCAAGCAAUGUUAAUUGCCAUUGCUAUACAUUUCUUUGGUGAAAUUCCAAACAAAAAGAAGCGUCAAGCUCCAGACAGUCCAGAAAGGUGGUACUAUUUGGUGGGAACACUUGUAUGUGGAUAUAUUCUGCUUUAUUGUUUGAAUGCUGUUCUCUGGUCGUUAUUUACUUUAUUGCUGCCAUUUUCAAUUUCGUUUGUGCAUGCAUCUUUGCGAUUGAGGAAUCUACGCAAUAAGGUCGCUAAUACUAUGGAGAGCUUUGGGCCUGCAACUCCAAUGGGAGUGUUUCUUAAUACAAUGAACAUUACAGGAGAGACAAUUUUAAGUUAAAUAAUAAACUCGAUAAACAUUUUUAAAUUUAAUAAUAAAAAAAAACUCGAUUUAAAGUAAAGUUAAAUACCUACAAUAUAUAUUUUA